AUGGGAAACAUUAUCAGUGCCAUCGCCGGCGCCCUCAACGCCAUCAUCUCUGCCAUCGCCUCCUUCUUUAUGGCCAUCUUCAGCGGUAUCGCCUCCGUCCUCAUUGCCAUUUGGAACUUCAGUGAUCACUUGUGGAUGUUGCUCUGGCGGACGAAGAGGAGGAGCCAGGACCAUAUAGAGGGUGUUGGACACAAAAUCCGUCGAGGCAACUCGUCCAUCACCCUUUCACAUGCCUCCAAGUCUUAG